AUGAAUUUUCUCACUAAAACAAUCAAUUCAACCAUUAGUACAUUAACGGGUAGCUCGAUACCAUAUGAUAUAGGUCAGAAAAUUGUGAACGGUGUUUGCAGUGACUCUCUCGAACCCAACUCUGUGUGGAAUGUUUAUGAAGGAACUUCUCGCAAAGAGCCUAAUGUGCAGGUAACUGUAUUCGAGUUUGAUCUUAAGGACUCACGAGCUUCGAAGUUUGUGCCUUUUGCAAGAAAUGCAUUUAGAAAACUUAGAUCUUUGAGUCUUUUACCGGGAAUUUUGAACAUAGUUGAUUUCAUUGAAAACGAUUCAUUCCUCUACAUCAUAAGUGAAAGGGUGAGACCGCUGGGGAGCGUGCUGAUGGCAUCCUGUGAUCAUGAGCCACAUAGUGAGCUUCUUUUACUGGGGAUAUAUCAAAUUACAGAAGCUUUGAAAUAUCUCAACAAAGAAGGUUCAUCCAUUCAUGGCUCGCUUAGCAAAGACUCUAUAUUCGUUAAUGAAGCAGGAGAAUGGAAACUUGGUGGAUUUGAGCUUGUCGUGAGCAUUCAUGAACGUAAUAAGGAGAUUCUGAGCCGAGCAUUUGACUUGCCUUCUUAUAUGUCGACUAUGCACCCACCCGAAUUAAAUGAGCGCCCAUUGGACUACAUUUCAAGCGCAAGCAUGAUCCAGAUCUCAAAACUCGAUGCUUUUGAUUUGGGGGUUUUUAUCUACAGUCUUUUCAAUUAUGAGGAACAAAGGCUCGAUCCUACCAAACUCAAUAAGCUAAACAAACUUCCUAGAUCUCUUGCAUCGCACGUCAGAAAGCUUCUUCAUAAAUCGCCGUCCGUAAGAUACUCGGUGGAUGAGUUUUUCCAUGCUGGCGCGCAAUCGUGUUUCAACAUACCGCUGAUCAAUGUCUCUAAACAGAUUUCCGAGCUUAGUUUGAAAUCCAAUGCUGAAAAACUAGAAAUUUUCGGCUCCCUAGAUGAAAUUGAACAAUUUCCUGAUGGCUUCUUUGAGUACAAGGUUUUGCCAGAGCUCAUCAUCACCUUUCAGUCUUUGUCAACUAACGAAGACAGCCAGCAGUCAGCUCUGUUACUAUUGAUUUUAAAGCGUGUGGAUCAACUGGAGAACAGAACCUUUCAGCGUCAGGUCAAACCUCUCGUGUUGCAAGCAUUUGAACUACCCGAUAGAGCAAUACGGAUUACACUUCUCAGCUCAUUACCAACGAUCAUAGAAUAUUUUACUUAUUAUGAAAUUCAAGAUAGAAUCUUUCCGCAUUUGGUUCAAGGCUUCAAUGAUACCAAUUCUUCGAUACGAGAAGCUACAAUAAAGUCAGUGCUUCCAAUCGCAGAUAAAUUAUCGGAUAGACAACUCAACAAUGAUAUUUUGAAAUACAUGGCAAAACUUCAAAAUGACCCAACGCCAGAAAUCAGAACCAAUACAAUAAUCUGUUUAUCCAGAAUUGCAACGUACAUGAAAUCAUCUUCAAGAGCUGCCGUACUCAUUACUGCAUAUUCAAAAGCAUUGAAGGAUCCAUUUGUACCCUCUCGGAUAAAUUCCCUGCUCGCUUUUGAAAACUCUAUUGAGUACUUUUCUCCAGAGGUGUGUUGCUCAAAAGUUUUGUCAGCUAUUGCUCCUGCUUUAUUGGACAAGUCAUCGAAGGUGAGAAUAGAGGCUCAGAGAGUGUUUGACUUGUACAUUUCAAAAAUCAAUGAGGCUGCCAAUCAACUUCCAUUAGACAAUGAGGAGACGCUAAAUUUGGAGAACCAAGCAUCGGAAAAGAUACUCUCUCGAUUGAAACCGCUAUCACUCUCAAGUAUGGAACUUAAGAGCACGCAAUCGCUAAUAUUAGGCUUGGGAUCAAAUUCACAAUCAAAUUCCACAGUGAGCCUGACGAUGAAGAACGUGAACUCAAGCUCAGAGUCUUUCAAUGUUGAUCGGCCUUUGAAAAAAUUAUCAAAUUCGAACGUAGAGGACAGUUGGAAUGCUAUGGCUGAUGAGCGCGAUUGUACUUACGAUAUAGAAGACAGAACUGUGCUACAACAUUUGGAGGCGAGUCAACAACCUCGAGAAAACGAACAGUCUAAAACUGCACACCCCCAGAGCAAAAAAAUUCCAGAAACACCCAGAGGGUCACUAAAAUUACAACCUAAAUCCAAACUGAAGCUCAAUUUGGAUGACGAUGAUGUUGAUGGCUGGGCAAGUGAGUGGUGA